CCCUAUCAUCCAUUUUUUUUCAUCACCGUGUGCAAAAUUAAAUUACUAAAAUGAAGGUGCAUCAAUUCACACGUGGAUUUUGGGAGCAUCAUGAACCUUCUCUUACACUUGGUUGCAAACGUUUACGCCCUCUUGCACCUAAAUUUUCUAAUAACACCGAUAAUUCUACUAAUCACACCACCCCUUCUCUUUCUUUUGAUCUCAAGACUUUCAUUAAACCUGAAAGUGCUUCCACAAUUAAUCUUUCUUCCUCUGAUCAUGAUAACAAGAAAGAUCCACCUUCACCACAAAGCCAGGUUGAAACGCAUAUUCCAGGAGGGACAAGGUGGAAUCCAACACAAGAACAAAUAGGAAUCUUGGAGAUGUUAUACAGAGGUGGAAUGAGAACACCAAAUGCACAACAAAUAGAACAGAUAACUGUUCAACUUAGCAAGUACGGUAAAAUUGAAGGCAAAAAUGUGUUCUAUUGGUUCCAAAACCACAAAGCACGCGAGAGACAAAAGCAGAAACGUAACAGUCUUGGUCUUGUUCAUAGUCCUCGUACUCCAUCCACCACACUAGUGUCAUCCACCUUUAGUUGCAUUACAACUUUGGACACCCCCAAAAAGGAAGAAGUAAUGGAAAGAGAUCAAGGAGAUGAUAGUCCAUUGAAGAAGAGUAGGAGUUGGCCAUUUGAGUAUUUAGAAGAGAAAAAUUGGUCAAUUUGCAAACAAGAGGAACAUAAAACUCUAGAGCUUUUCCCAUUACAUCCGGAAGGCAGAUGAAGGAGUUUGAUCUAUGAACAUUUUAAUUAACAAUUGGAAUUAAAUUUUUAGCCUUUUCUUUCCAAAAUAUGCUUUAAUUUGCUUUAGUAAAUUUUUCUUCUUUCAUAUGCAUUGGGAAAGAAGAAAGACAAAGAUGUCUAGUAGUACUAUUGUAUCUUUGUACUCUUUCACGUAAUGUUAUUCCAUGACUUUGGAGCCAAAUUAACCAAACUAA